AUGGACUUUCGCCCUCUUAUCUUCAGAAGUCAAUGGCUUGGUAUCGCCCUCGGAAUCUUGAGCUACAUUAGAACAGUCAUUUUCAAUACUCUUGUCGACUAUUUCGAGAUAUCCGCUGAUAAGAAAUACAGUGUCGGAGUUGUUCUCACAGUCGUUUUUUGGUUUCUCGUGUUCUUCGGAUACAACAAAGUUCGCGGACGUAUUUAA